CACGUGGAGGUAGCAGUCACUCUGUAGUCCGUGGUUUGUGCCACGCAGGCACGCAGGAGUCAGCCCCUCGGGUGGGAGGGAUCAUCAGUCUGUAGCCACGUAGCGAGCUAACAGCGUUAGCCGUGCAGAGAGCGUCACGAUGGAGUUGCCACAUCCGGGGUACCGAGCAACUAAACCGAGGGCUCGUGCAGCUCCUACAGCUGAUUCCAUCCUGUUUGAUGACACCAGCUCUGCAGCACCAGCAAUGAACAAUCAACCUUAUUACACUCCUGGGUACAAUAUGGCAGGACCCUCAAAUGACAUGCAAGGAGGUGCUGUGCCGAACAACCUGUUUACUGACCCAGUGGCCAAUGCUGCAAUGAUGUACGGCUCCUCAUUGGCCAACCAAGGAAAGGAUAUAGUGAACAAAGAGUUCAGCAGAUUCAUGUCUGUGAACAAGCUGAAAUACUUCUUUGCAGUGGACACCAGAUAUGUAAUGAAGAAGCUUAUGAUCCUUAUGUUCCCUUACACACAUCAGGAUUGGGAAGUUCGUUACCAUCGGGACACUCCACUGACUCCAAGACAGGAUGUGAAUGCACCGGAUCUUUACAUACCAACAAUGGCUUUCAUUACCUACAUUUUACUUGCUGGAAUGGCCCUUGGCAUUCAAAAACGGUUCAGUCCAGAGGUUCUUGGACUGUGUGCCAGCACCGCCCUCGUGUGGGUCAUCAUCGAGGUCUUGGUGAUGUUGUUGAGUUUGUACCUGCUGACGGUACACAGCGACCUCUCAACCUUCGAUCUCAUCGCCUACAGCGGAUACAAAUAUGUCGGGAUGAUCUUCACAGUGUUGUGUGGCUUGCUGUUCGGCAGUGAUGGUUAUUAUGUGGCACUCGCCUGGUCCUCUUGUGCCCUUAUGUUCUUCAUCGUUCGGUCUCUGAAAAUGAAGAUCCUUCCCUCGCUCUCUGCGGACUCCAUUGGAACUGGAUCAAGUGCCAAACCCCAGUUCCGUCUUUAUAUCACUGUGGCUACUGCAGUGUUUCAGCCAGUCGUUAUAUAUUGGUUAACCUCUCAUUUGGUCAGGUGACCGUGAUGCAGUCAACAACUUGAAGUCUAAUAUUAUUGGAGCCAAAACAUUUUGUUGUUGGGUGUUCGUACUCCUGCCUUUAUACGCUCAUUUGUCAGUAAACUCAAAACGUAUGUUGAACUGCAGCGUGUGUUGAUCUUAUUAAUGAAAUGGUUUCACUGAUUUAACUACAAAGUGGGACACAGAAAAUGUCUAAUUUACAGUAACUCUGACAAAUGCUUAUUUUUGGCCACCUAACUUUGAAGUCAAGGGCUUUCUUUGUGAAAUCUGUUCAUACAUAACUCUGAUUCAGUUCAAGUUUCCUUUUUAUAUAAUGUCCCCCAACCUGCUUUACAGUAUUUCACCCCACAGAACACACACUCACACCACAAAGACAUAAAUUGCACAUUACACACAUGAUUCAAGUACCAUUUUUCUGGUAUGAUGGGUAUGUUGCUGCAUAAUCCCCCUUUUUUCUUGUGAGUCUUGGAUCGUAUUUAUCUAAAUUUGACAAAGCAUGACAAUGUUUGGAUUUUUUGUAGGAAAAAAAUAAAUAUAUUUAGCUUUUGUGUA